AUGGUGGGAAAUACAGAAUGGAUAGGAGCAUCCUGGCAGGACGUCGAUAAGACCUGGUUGGUUAAGCUGAGGAGUACUACUUCUGGCCAGGACUAUACACAACGCUGCAACAUAUUAGUAUCAGCAGUUGGAGCUCUGACGAAUCCUAAUUCGCUGAACCUUCCCGGCGUUGACCGCUUCCAGGGAGACAUUAUUCACACUGCCAGGUGGGAUCAAAGCGUGUCGCUGCGGGACAAGAAUAUAGUCGUGCUUGGAAAUGGAGCCUCAGCAACCCAGCUAGUACCAGCCGUGGCAAAAGAUGCUCGGUCGAUCACUCAAUUUAUGAGGUCAAAACAAUACUUUCUCCCAGGAGGAAGUAACGCCGCCAUAAGCCCUUUUUGGCAAUUUAUCUUCCGCUACGUACCCGGCGUACUUCUUGCUGUCAGAUUCCUUAUCUUUCUAUAUCUCGAAACAUCAACACCCCAGUUCAACCUGACCAAGACCGGGGCGAAGAUGCGAAGAGAAACAGCUGAAGUAAGCGAGCGUUACGUCAAAGAAAAUGCGCCAGAGAAGUACUGGCCACUCCUACUAGCCGACUACCAAGUCGGAUGCAAGCGAAGGGUAUUCGACCAUGAAGGUUACGUUUCAACAUUAAAUCGGGAUAAUGUUCGCCUUACCGACGACGAGGUUAUCGCUCUUAGCGAACGAUCCGUAUCCACCAAAUCAGGAGCAAAAUACCCAGCAGAUGUAAUUGUUUUAGCCAACGGAUUCUCCCUGACCCAAUAUGAUACCGAGCUGUGCGGUCGCGGGGGACGCAGUCGACAAGAAUACUGGAAAGAAGCCGGUCAUAUCACGGCUUACGACAGUAUCGGCAUGUCAGAGUUUCCUAACUUCUUCUAUAUCCUGGGGCCCAAUUCCGGUCGCGGGCAUACAUCUGCGGUAUUCUCUAUCGAGAACUACACCGACCUAAUAAUAAGGAUCAUCAGACCGAUAAUAGCCGGAUCAGCUGUCUCCGUGGAACCCGAUAUGUCACGCGAAAAUGCAUACAACGAGCGGUUGCAGGCUGCGCUGAAAAACACAGUGUUUAACAACACAUGCCGCAGUGUAGGAAACUCCCACACCCAUACUGCAGAAUCAGCCCCUUAA